UAAGUUUGUUAUUAUUGAGAACAAACAAGACAAACAUCUAACUGCGACUGAGAAUAUGUCUGCAUAAAGAUAUGGACAAAUUAAUUUAAUCCGAAUGCAAAAAUUGUUACAUAGUUCUAGCUAAAUUUAUCUGAAAAUCUAUCUAAAUAAUAAAAAUUAAUACCAGAAUUUUAGAGUCAGUAAAUACAUAAAUACAUGCUCUACUUUAUAGAAUUAAAAAUUUACACAUGAUAAAUUUUAAAAGUACAUUCAGCUUUGCCAAAAGAUUUUAUAAAAGUCAAAUAGUGCUCUAUUAUACCACUGGUUUGUACUCUACAUUAAACCCUAAUUUAAGUAGCAUUGGACCUUGGUACUUGGAGGAUAAACAGCAAACAAGCAAUAGCAACGAACAGUUUUAUCGUCGAAAGUUACCUGCAUGCUGUUUAGCUUUUAGUAGUGAAGAAGGAAAACAAGUUUUUAAAGAAUCAUUAUUAUCCGGUUAUGCAAACAUAUACUUUCCAUUAGCAGAACAGUUUCGAACACAAGCUGAACCAGCAUAUUGUGGAAUAUCGACAUUGGUUAUGAUUUUAAACAGUUUGGCUGUUGAUCCAAAACGUGUUUGGAAAGGGCCUUGGCGCUGGUAUCAUGAAGAAAUGCUUGACUGUUGUUUAUCUUUAGAUUUAGUUCAACAAAAUGGAAUCACACUAGAUCAGUUUGUUUGCCUUGCUACUUGUAAUAAUCUUGAUUUAAAUGUUGUGCGAACAGAUGAUAAUGAAAAUAUAAAAAGUUUUCGAGAUGUUGUUGAAGAGAUAUGUGCUGGACAGGAUAAAGUGUUGACUUGUUCUUAUUCAAGAAGUGUUCUAAAUCAAACUGGUGGUGGUCACUUUUCACCAAUUGGUGCAUAUCAUCCCAAGAAAGAUAUGGUUCUCAUAUUUGAUGUGGCAAGAUUUAAAUACCCACCACAUUGGGUAAAACUUGAUCUUUUGUGGGAAGCUAUGAAAGCACUUGAUGGUGUCACAGGUUUACCAAGAGGUUAUAUUGUUCUUCGUAAAACUGAAGAAAUGCCGCUACUUCUCUUUCGUCUUUCAAAUAUAUUUCGUGUUACUAUUGCUACAAAUAGUGUUUCACAAAGUAGUAUGGCAAAAUUUAUGAGAUCUUGGCGUACGUUUUUGAAAAAUGAAUCAGUUAAAAUCUCUGACAGUUUAGACGUUACAAUAGGACAAACUUUGGCCGGUUUAAAUGAGGCUCUUAAGGAGUUGCUAGAGGGGGAUUCUGUUUUUAACACUCAGUUUAAUACGCAUUGCAUAGAUACUCUUCCUCCUGAUCAUAUUUCUGCUGUCCGAAAAAUACUUGCAUCAUUAGAGAAUACCGAAAUAUACCAAAUCAUUCAUUCUAUGGUAAGUAAAUUCAAGAAAAACUUUUUUCAAUCCAGAAGUAAUUUUAUAUCUAAUCAAUGCACCUGUAUCGAAAGAGUCGGCAAGCCUUUUGUCAAUGAAAUAGAUACAAGUACGCAUGAUGGACGUAAGGUAUUGACUACAAAGACUGGCUCUUCUACUUUGUUAGAUAAUUCAAAAGAACUAGUUACUGAUAGUCAUUUUAUUACGAUGCUGAUUUUAUGCUGGCCUUAUUCAUUAAAUAAUACAAAUGAUAUUUCGACCUAUUUAGCUCGACACGUAGAAAAGGUUUUGUUAAAUGGUGAUGAUCUUCUAGUAAAUGAAGUGAAACAGUUAAGACAUCAGAUUCAAUCAUUACUUGAAUUGAUUAAGCGAAAUCCUCCUGUGUUUUGAAUAAAUAUUGGAAUUUUUUUAUAA